AGUUGUCAUAAAAAGCGUUUUCUGCAAUCAUAUAUUCUCAUUUUCUCCUCCAUUUAAUUAUCUCCACUUUCUUCACUAGCUUUUCUCCAACUCCUCCUCCAAUUGCAGAAAUCACUCUCGAUCACUUCGCCGGUUUCCGGCGACAUGCUACAACGCUCACCUUCGCCUUUGCAGUAUAUGAACGGCUCAACAUAUCUUGAAUUCAGAUUGCGAUUACGGUACCUUUCUGCCCUGAUUCGCAUCCCAGAUCCGUUUUCUUUUGAUUUAUGAAAAACCAUGUGAAGUGAUUGUAACCGAUGAAAAUAUAGGAUUGCUGUUGCUUUCAUGAUCGGCUUUCACUUGUAACCAUCGUUCGUUUUGUUGCUCAUUCAUGAUUUGAUCCAUAUAUCUCCGUAGUUCACAGUUUUGGGGUUAGGGGUUACUAAUUGAGAUGUUCAACAAAAUUAUAAAGCGCGGCCAUCGGAAGCCGUCCAAGGCCGAUGCGAUAGAUUCGGGAUUGUAUGGAUUUGGACCGGCUGGGAAUCGCAAUUCUGGGAUGGUAUCGACGUCGAAUGUGGUUGUAAACCAUGCGUCUCGGACUGCCCCAGCUCUAUCAGUGGUCAAUUCGGCGCCACAGCCCGGUGGGGCUGUGAUUGAUCCAACGGCUCUGCCUUCCGGCAAUAUUGAUCCCCUUCCUCCGUUUCGGGAUGUUGCUGUGUCGGAUCGACAACUUUUGUUUCUUAGGAAACUACAAAUUUGCUGUUUCCAGUUUGAUUUCACGGACACUUUGAAAUCAGUACGGGAAAAGGAAAUUAAGAGGCAGACCCUAUUGGAGCUUAUUGACUUUAUACAAUCCGGUUCUGGGAAAAUUACAGAGAACAAUCAAGAAGAGAUGAUUAAGAUGAUUUCUGUAAAUAUUUUCCGAUGUUUUCCUCCAGCUCCCCAUGAAAAUUCCGGCUCAGAAAUGCUGGAGAUAGAAGAGGAGCCCUAUGCGGAACCAGCGUGGCCUCAUCUUCAUCUUGUGUAUGAGCUACUUUUAAGGUAUGUUGUUUCAUCGGACACCGACACGAAGAUUGCCAAGCGGUAUAUUGAUCAUUCGUUUGUUCUAAAACUGCUUGAUUUGUUUGAUGCUGAUGACCCACGAGAGCGGGAGUAUUUGAAAACCAUAUUACAUCGCAUAUAUGGGAAGUUCAUGGUGCACCGGCCCUUUAUUAGAAAGGCCAUUAAUAAUAUAUUUUAUCGGUUUAUAUAUGAGACAGAACGGCACAGUGGUAUUGGUGAGCUUCUGGAGAUUCUUGGGAGUAUAAUAAAUGGGUUUGCGUUGCCCAUGAAAGAGGAGCAUAAGUUGUUCCUUGUUCGGGCUCUUAUACCAUUGCAUAAGCCUAAGGCACUUGCACUGUAUCAUCAGCAGCUGUCUUACUGCAUCACUCAAUUUGUUGAGAAAGAUUACAAGUUAGCAGAUACGGUUAUUAGGGGUUUGCUAAAAUAUUGGCCUAUCACUAAUUGUACGAAGGAACUUCUUUUCCUUGGGGAAUUAGAAGAAGUGUUGGAGGCAACACAGUCUGCUGAAUUUCAACGCUGCAUGGUUCCUCUUUUCAGACAGAUAGGCCGCUGCCUGAAUAGCUCUCAAUCUCAGAGAAUUUCUUGGAAACAUUUGUCAUGAAAGAAAAUGGUAUCUAUUUGAUGAAGUUGCAUCACAAAUAAGAUGGUGAUUACCAGUCUGUUAGCAAGUUGGGAGAGUUGGGAUUUGGCCAGAAAGGGCAUGGAGGAGACAUAUUUCACGAGUACAGAUGUAAGAUUAACUUUUCAUGUACGUGCUAUCUUGCAUAACAUGCAUAGGUAUGUGCUAAUAAGCAUUAGUUCUUGUCUUUAUGGAUAUUUGUAAAUUAACCAAGGGUUAUGACACAUCCUAUUUGUAUAAUUAUGAUGUAUUUUGGUCUUAUUCUUUUCAAUAGUUUCUUGUUUAUUAAACAACUUGUUAGAUCUAAUUAAGGAAGUUAAGCAAGGGAGAAAAGCUUGAGCUUUCACCUUUUAGGAACUGUUUCUUUGAGAUAGAAUAAACACAUUGUGAAUUUUGUUGAAAUCUUUUGAUGUUAAGAUUUUGUAGUUGUUUUGGGAUUGGAUUCCCAUGUGAUUGUAUCCCUUUCAACAGUUUUUGCUUAGCCAAUCUGCAUUGCAGGUUGCCGAAAGAGCCUUCUUUUUGUGGAAAAAUGACCACAUUGUGAGCUUAAUUGCCCAGAAUCGCAAUGUCAUUCUCCCAAUCAUUUUUGAGCCAUUGGAAAAGAACGUUCGGUCUCAUUGGAACCAGGCAGUCCAUGGUCUCACCAUUAAUAUUCGGAAAAUGUUCUUGGAAAUGGAUUUUGAUUUGUUUGAAGAAUGCCAGAAGCAGCAUGAAGAGAUGGAGGCCAGGGCGAGAGAGUUGGAAGAGCAACGGGAAUUGACAUGGAAGAGACUGGCAGAAGCAGCAGAACAAAGAAAAGGAGAGGAUGGGAUUACAGUCUAACAGAUUUUUUGUGGUGGAAGGCACCACUAAAAAAAAAAGAAUUGAUGAUGGUAGAUGGGACGGAGAAUGCUCCUUUCAGUCCUUUGUCCAUUUUGGUGCUAUUGUGUUAAUUUUUUUUUUCCUCAAUAUAUAUUAUAUAAUUUUUUUUUAACCUUCUCUUAUUUUUUAUUGUUUAUUAAAUAUCAUUCCGAUCCUACCAAUGAAAAUAUCAGGAGAGCAGCGAGCUUUGUAAUUUAGAAUGUAUGAAAAAUUGUGAGUAAUGCGCUGCUGCCGAGGAAGAAUGAUUCUGUA